CGCGGCUCAAACAGCGAAGAUUUUGGCCCUCCCGGUUUCGGCCAAGUGUUUCAUUUCCAGUUUCAAUUGAAAAUUUCAAUUAUGUUCAUGCUCCGUUGUGGACUGGUAUUAAUCCUCCAGGCGCUCCUGCAACCUGCACAUGGCUACGCAUGGAUGGCAAAGAUUAAGGCACCAUCCUUGAUGAACUUGCGCAAGAUGCAGAAGGGUUCCAAGUUUGGGGACAAAAAGAUUGUGGUCAUUACCGGAACGAGUUCCGGUCUCGGCAAAGCUGCCACGAAAGCCCUGCUUCGUGCAGGGGAUUAUCACGUGGUGGGUGCCGUACGUGACCUCGAGAAGAUGAAGAUCGUGGCAGAGCUCGAGGGUUUCGACAUGGAUCGUUUCACUCCCAUGUACUUGGACCUCGCAAGCUUUGAAUCGGUUCACAAUUUUGCAAAGGACUUGGACAAGUUCCGAGGGGAUCGCCCCGUGGACCGCUUGGUGUGCAACGCCGCGGUAUAUCAACCUACCCUGAGCUACCCCAAGUGGACCGUGGAUGGACACGAACAGCAGCUGCAGAUCAACUAUUUGAGUCAGUUCCUGCUGACCUCGAAAGUGAUGCCCAUGAUGACCGAGUCAGACGACGCACGCGUGUGCAUGAUUGGAUCUGUGACUGGAAAUGACAAUACUGUGGGUGGAGGUGGAGUUUAUCCCAUCGCCGACUUAAAGG